AUGGGUAAAGCGAAAAAAGUUAAAGUAUCUAAAGGCGAAACCAAAGAACCGAAAAUUGGUUUGGCGGAACAAAUAGAACUUGAGAAAGGGGUGAAAGUAAAAAACCGGCAAAAAAUCAGGCGUCGAGCCGACGAAGAAGAGUACAUAACACCAACGCUGACGAAGAAAAUCUUAUCACAAGCUAGGCAACAGCAGCUAGAGAUCGAAGAUGAGAUUGGUCCUAGCAAUCUCGAGAAACCUAAAAAAUCAAAGGUAAAUCUUGGCUUUGGUUUCAACGACGAAGAGGAUCAAUCUAGCGAUGAUGGAGAACCAGUGGAGGAUGUAUAUUACGAGAACAUUAACAUUGAUGAGGACGAUGAGCGGGCGUUACAGAUGUUCAUGUCAAAGGAUGCAGCACCCAUGAGGACGCUGGCAGACAUAAUAAUGGAAAAAUUGACAGAGAAAAAGACAGAAAUCGAUACGCAGUUUUCCGAUGCCGGGACUAUUCAAUUGCAGGAUUUGGAUCCACGGGUAAAGGCGAUGUAUGAAGGUGUCAGAGACGUUCUAGCAAAGUAUCGUAGUGGCAAGCUACCGAAGGCUUUUAAGCUCGUGCCUACCUUGAAGAACUGGGAGCAAAUACUUUAUAUCACAGAUCCAACAAAGUGGUCUGCUGCUGCCAUGUAUCAGGGAACAAGGAUAUUUGCUUCAAACUUGAAAGAUAAAAUGGCCCAAAGAUUCUACAACUUGGUCCUGCUACCACGCAUUCGGGAUGAUUUGGCGGAAUAUAAAAGACUAAAUUUUCAUUUGUAUCAAGCGCUGAGAAAAGCAUUGUAUAAACCAGCCGGAUUUAUGAAAGGAAUUCUCUUACCACUCUUAGAAUCAGGAACGUGCACGCUCAGAGAAGCUACUAUCAUCGGAUCUGUGAUCGCAAACAAUUCUAUACCAAUUUUACAUUCCUCAGCGGCUAUAUUGAAAAUCGCAGAAAUGGAUUAUACGGGUGCUAACAGUAUCUUUCUCAGGAUCUUCUUAGAUAAGAAAUAUGCACUUCCAUACAGAGUAGUGGACGGAAUAGUGUUUCAUUUUCUUAGGUAA